AUGGCCCCCAUCGACACCGCCUCCUUCGGCGGCCUGCUCUACGGCGGCUGCGGCUACGCCUUUCUCGGCCUCGUCACGUACACAGUCGUCAACAUGGGAGGCCUCUUGGCCCUGCCGGCGUGGUACGCCGGCUCGGCGCGCGGGCCCAAGGAGAGGGUCCUGCUCGCGCUGUGGUUCCCCGCCAUCGUCGCGCUGUGGCCCUUCGUCUUGCCGCCCUGGCUGGCGGCCCGGUUCGGCUUCCGGGCCUGCGAGUGGCUCGGGGUGAUGGGCAUGAGGGCCCGGGGUAGGGGAAGGAAACUGUGCUGCGGCGGCGGCGGCGGCGACGGAAGCGUCGACCUGGAGAGCGGGGGCGAGGUCUCUCUCGACGAGGGGAGGCGGCGGGCGAGGCUCGGCGUCUUCGUCAACCCGUUCGAGCACAGGGGCCGGUCCAAGUCCCGUGCCCGCGACGACCGUCCGGAGGUUUCCGAGAACCGCAGCCCGAUGGACCGCGGCGCCGACGGCUCGGCCGCGGGGCCUGAGCAGCAGCGGUCGCUGCCGCCGACCACGUGGUACACCAAGCUGCCCUCGCCCGAGGAGAUGCAGCGCGCGAGGGCCCAGGCGUCUUCCGGCGGCUUCCCCGGCUCCGGCCCCGACGACGGCAACGGUGAUGGCGGACUCGACAACUCUGCGCCGCCCGCUAGCCUCCCGCAGGUAAAGGCCGACAAGGUCGUCGACUCUGGCCCGGUCGGAAGAUCCGAGGCCCUGCAGCGCUUGCAGACUAUCCACGAGGACAACGGGGGCGAGCUCGGUGGAGGUUGGGAGGAUGUGAGCUUGCGGUGAGAAAGCAAUAUGCCGUAAGACGUCCCGACGGAAGUGCCACGUCGUACUUUACGACAAGUUUGACUCGGAGACGGCUGGCAUGACCGGCUGGCAUGGGGAGGCUUUGAUGACUAUAAGCGGGCGGGUUCGCAUGCUUCGGUUUCUACCCAAGGCGGCUGUUUUAUACAACAAACGCGGUGUUUUCUGAUUUACAGAUUAUUAAGUGUAAUGGAAUGCGAUUGUCGAAUUAUAAGGACACUUCUUUUUACGUCACGAAAGGUAUCAAAAGAAAAUAAAUAUAUUAUUAAAGAAGAAGAGAGAAUUCGGG